AGAGGUGACAGCGGCAAACGGGUGUUUUCUGUUACUGGCAAAGUGGACGCCCGCCUUUCUUCGACGUGAAACUAAAGUGAAACAAAGAGGAGAGAGACAGUCAAUCGCCAGCCGAAGGGAAGACGGGGAAGCCUCUGGAAGGAAGUUCCGUGCUGGAUGAUUCUACACCAGAAAAGCGCCGUUCUGACGACGUUCUACCUUUGAAAGUUGUACUUUCUCUUGUUUUGUCUUUUGUGUCUUUCUGUUUCAUCUUCUGCUGCCUGGGGAGACGACGUAUAGUUCCUCGUUUUUUCAAGUGUGUGGAGUCCGCCUUCUUUUUCUCGAUCUCCUUUCGCUGCUGGCCCCCCUAUGUCCGGAAGACGACCUGUAGCUCUGUCACCCUUUUGUCCGGAUUCUCUGUUUGUCCUGGGUUUCAACCGUUCCUCCCCUCUCGCACCUUUGUGUUUCUUUGACACACCUUUGUUUCCCCCCCCUUCUCUCGCUUCGAGACUUCCAUCUGUCUUCCAGUCGUAGACCACGCAGCCUCGUCUCGCCUUUUGUCUUCCAUCUGCACCGUCGCCAAAAUGUUUUCGACCAGGAGCGAAUACGAUCGAGGUGUGAACACCUUCUCUCCGGAGGGCCGUCUGUUUCAAGUGGAGUAUGCACUAGGUGCAAUCAAGCUCGGCAGCACAGCUGUCGGUAUCCAGACCAAGGAUGGAGUUAUUCUUGCCUCAGAAAGGAGAAUCACCUCGUGCUUGCUGGAUCAUCGAUCGAUUCAAAAGAUCGUCGAAAUUGAUGACCAUAUUGCAUGCGCCAUGAGCGGUCUGAUUGCCGAUGCCAGGACCCUCAUUGACCAUGCCCGAGUGGAGUGUGCAAAUCACUUCUUCACCUACAACGAGAAAAUGUCGAUUCACAGCUGCAUCGAUUCCGUCGCCGAUCUCGCUCUGGAUUUCUCCGAUGUGAGCGACGGUCGCCGAAAGAAGAUGAUGAGUCGACCUUUUGGAGUUGCUCUUCUUGUCGCCGGCGUCGACGAUCAAGGGCCGUCUCUGUGGUGCGCAGAUCCGUCCGGCACUGUCACCAAGUACCAGGCUGUGGCUAUUGGUUCCGCCCAGGAAGGCGCUGAGACAAUGCUGCAGGAGCAGUACAGUCAGUCGAUGAGUUUCGAAGAUGCCGAGGCCCUUGUUUUGGUCGUCCUGCGCCAAGUCAUGGAGGAAAAACUGAACUGUAAUAACGUUGAGGUGGCGUGCGUGAAGACCAGUGAUCGCAAGUACCAUCAGUACUCCUCGGAAGAGCUUCAGGCGUUAAUCGACCGUCUGCCAGCGCCUACGAUCCCUACUGCGACGGAUCUUUCGUCCGCGUGAACGCGACUUCUUCACGAAGUACUAUUUUGUUUUCUAGCACAUUAGGUUGUUCUUUCUGAUUUGAUACAGUGCGCCAUGCAAGCGGGGAAAUGGCUAAUUCUCUCUGGAAUUCCGUGCCAUCUUCCCAGAACGGCCUCCCACACAAACACCGGGGGCCCUUGAAGCGAAAAGCCCCGCGAACUCAGACCCGUUGUAUGUGUGGCCAUCGGGCGUUGUUUUGCUUCUUUGCGUCGCUCGCUUAGAGUCAGAGUGAACGGCUUGCACUUGCCGUUCAGGGCCGUGGCAUGUUCCCCACUUUACCUUUCGUCGCGGCGCCCGUGGGUAGCGAGUUUCUCGGGUGCUUUUGCACUGUGUCAUCUUUUGUCCGAUCUCCUUUUCCUCAACAAACUCUUCUGCUGCGGGCUGCGCACGAACCCUUCGCGUGUUUGCCUUGUAUCACCAGAUUUAGACACAGAGCGUGUGGAACACUUCGCUGGGAAAGUUCAGAGAUGGAACUCGUCCAAAAGAAAAGACACAGAACUGGCUGGAUUUCACGGAAAACACGGCGCCCGAUAAAUGACCACGUGGC